GAUUAGGCCUCCACUACGCUAAUUAUGAGAAUAAGUAUAUUAUAAAAAUAUAUUCCUUGUCACCUUUCAUCCGACGGCAGGAAUACGAUAUAUCAGCCACCUCUCUCAUCCCAUCCCUUCAUUUUUUACUAUUUUUUAUUUUUUAUGCUUUUUUUUAAUUUUUUUUCCCUCCUGUUCCUAAAUUGUGUGACGUCACACGUCGGUGGAGCACUCGUGCUACGACUUUUUAUCCCCAAAACGACUGUGCUUUAAUUGGUGCGCCAUCCCGAUUCCUGCGAAUUCAACGCUCAUGAUGCACUCAUUAAAUUUGGACCACGCAAAUUUCUCACCACACCCACCUCAACCCCCCACCCCUCACCCCGGAUUCUCCUUUUCCGGGUAUAUAUAUGAAUCCCAAGUUGUUUCUUAAACUUAUUCAUUUACAAAGCCUCCCCAACCAAAAAAAAAAAAAUUACUUGCCUUCUGCUACUACUUGUGGCGUUCAUAAUUUUGGAAGGUCAGGGAUGACAAAGGUGUACCCGAACACUGCAAAUGCCAACACUGUCCCCGCCUGCGAGCCUCAGAGGCUCAAGAGCUCCGGCUCCGACGACGAAAACGCGACGGUCCUGACGGUGUGGAAGAAGUCCUUGCUGUUGAGCUGCAAUGGGUUCACGGUGUUCGACUCCAAGGGCAAUUUGGUCUUUAGGGUUGAUAACUACUUGGCCGGCCAUAAGGGCGAGAUCGUCCUCAUGGACGCCUCCGGCAAACCUCUCCUCACCAUCCGUCGCAAGCGGCUGAGCUUUGGGGACAACUGGGUGGUGUACGACGGAGAAACCGACGUGAAUCCGCGGUUCUGCGCGACUAAGCACGUGAACAUCCUCAAGAACAAGUGCUUGGCGCACAUGACCUCAGCCAACAGCUGCAAAGGUAGUGGCUCGUCGAAAAACUACGACAACAAGAACGCGGUGUUUUAUCAGAUGGAAGGGUCGUACGCGGAGCGGUGCUGCGCGGUGUACGACAGCAAAAGGAGGGGGGUGGCCGAGAUCAAGAGGAAGGAGGCAGUGGGCGGAGUAGCGUUGGGAGUCGACGUCUUUCGCCUCAUCGUGCAGCCCGAUAUGGACACGGCGGUGGCCAUGUCCCUCGUCAUCUUGCUUGACCAGAUGUACGGGACGUCGAGGCGGUGAAAAGUUAAAACUCCUUUUACUUCGUCACCCACCUUUUUCCCCUUGGUGGAUUCACAUCUCCUCCUCCUCUAUAAAUUCUAUGUUCCAUCUCUCUUUUUUGGUCUGAUCUCGCCGAUCUCUGGUUGUCUCUCCGAUAUUCCCACUUGCUUUUAUCUUUUAUCUUUUUCUUUCCCCUUUUUUUUUUUUCCCUUCUUUUAAAUCGGAAAAAAUCAGUGAAGCUUGGUUUUUUCCUUUUAUAUAAAAAACCAAGCUUCUUUUAGUGGGAUGUAAAUAGGACUUGGAAACAACAAAGUUUAUCGGACGUAGGUUUAUGUUUUUAGUUUUAAGAAUUUCAGCAGAAACAUAUGUAAUGUGUGAAAAGUUGAUACGGUGAAUAUAUUUUUGCAGUAAUUAUCUUGUUGCUGUUUUGGAA